AUGAUCAAUAAGUCAUCAAAUAAGAAUUCGAAACUUACCUUACGACCUCCAUUCCCUCCAACGCUUACCGCUCAUGAUCUUCUCCCAUCUGAAAAGUCUAUUAAUAGGUCAGAAAAUGUGAGAAUUCCGAAUGCGUUCAUAGCCUACCGAAUGGCGCUGGUUAGAGAACUGAAAUUAAAAAAUGUUGCCAGUCAUCGUUCAAACGUUUCUACUUACGCAAGUCGUCUAUGGGCAGAAGAGUCUGAUCAUGUUAAAGACGUUUAUAAAAAGAUGGCAAAUGAUGCCACCAUGUUAUACAACAAGGCCAGAGGGAUCACUUUUCUCAGUUACGAACGAUCAGGUUCAAGUGAUAAAAGCAAAAAAACGGAAAGGGAAAGGUAUUCGGUUAACGUGAACGAACCUUUGAAGCAAGAUAUCGAAGAAGAGACCACGCCACAACAGGAUGAUUUAACGCCUCCACCUCCUGCUUUUGAUCAAUCAUAUCUUAAUAAUCUUUCAAUGGUAAAUCAGCAGACUUUUUAUUCUGUAAGAUCGGGUGCUUUCGAUCAUAAUGUGGCUCAUUCUGUUGGUGCGAAUCCAUUUGGGCAAUUUUUCGGAAAUUUUUCGGGAAGGUUGAGCGUUGAGCAUCGUCUUCAAGCUUUGGAGCAACAAAUGGCUUUAUUUCAUCAAAU